AAAAAGAUAGAACUCUGAACCGGACAUGAUUUUGAUAGGGGCGAAAAGGGAAAAAAGAGCGCGAUUCCGACGUCGGAGAAUGAGAAUUUUACUCGCCGGCGAAGCUCAAUUCAUUUUCUGAGCUGCAGCUAACAUGUUCCUCCACGCAAAUUUACAGGAAAAUCCACACUCCGACGACAGCAUUUCCGAUGACGACGAGCUUCAAGCUAAUCGCACCAAUAACAUGCUUUCAUUAAAAAACAACGCCACUAACAAGCAUGAAGAACUACCUCUUCCGGCGCGGUUAGAUUUGUUAAAAGGAAGAUUCUGUAAUCAGAAUUCGUCUUCUUCAUUUCAGAAUUCGCUCGAGGAUGAGGAGGUUGAAAUGCCUGACUUCAAUGAGGGUGGCUUUCAGGACAUCUUAGGUGAGGUGGUUGCUGAUUCGGGAGAUGAAGACAUUGUUUCUGAAGAUGAGGGUAGCACUGUCCUCUCGACCAGACUCCUCCAUAACUAUGGUCCUCAAUUUAUCAAAAAUGAUGAAGUUAAAGAUACAAAGAGGAAAUCAGAUGCAUUGCUUUGUUUUAAAGAAAGUGCUUCAUGUUCGGCAUCCCAUGCUACCUGCUCCAAGGCAAAUUCAUAUGGCAUCUGGGGCAAAGCUAAGCCAAGAUUUUCAUUUUCAUCAAUGACAACUAAACAUGGGCAUAUGGGCCCUUCAAUCUCUAAUAUUGAUAGGCUGUCUGAAAUUAUGGAAACUGUUAAUCCUAGGACUUCUCCAAGUUUAGGCGGAAAUCAUCUUGAAGAUGAUGAAAUUGUGGAAUUAGAUUUAGACACCAAACCUACUGAAACUGAAGCUCUUCCACAUGAAUUUAAUCUUCCCAUAAUGGCUGAUCUUUUUGACAAACUCCAAGAUAAGACUGAUCUGUGUCCACAUGAAAAUCAAAGAAUAGGCAAACCAUUGCAGCGUUUUCAGAAGAGUAGACCCUUCUUGCCAGAAACAGUUGUUGACUAUGAAGCCUCACCUGAACCUGUGGAUAGCGGAUCAUCUAGUGACAAUGAGCUUGUACAGGAAAGUGAUCAACACAUGAAAAUUACUUUCCCUGGAAAGAAAAUGCAGACAAUGACAGAUAGAUUUCACAAUGCUUUAGGGUCUUCAUCUGUUAUUGCUGAAAAUGUUGGAGUACUCAAUCCAUUGAGAACUGGAAUAUUUGAAAAACUACAGCAAGUGAUGCAGAAAGAAAAAGAAAGAGACAUGGACUUCUCGAAAAAGUUACAUGCUGGAGCUAGGCCAGAUAGUGAAUUUGGCUGUGUCGAUGUAAACAUCAUUUCAAGAUACCUGGACGGAAAGCUGAUUGUUUGUCAUUGCUCGGUUAGCAAGUGUCCCGAGAAGUUUCCGCUACAAGCUGAAGGAACAGGGUUUGGUGGCAGCAAAGGUGGUCAAAGAACCAUUAUCUUUAGUCCAAGAGUUUGCGAUAGUGUUGACCUUGAAGUGGGGAGCUUAAUUCGUAUUCACCCACCGUGGAACGAAGUUCAAGUGGGAAAUGAUAAUAUUAUCUUGUGUUCUUAUUUCUCCGAAAUCUCAUCCCCAAUUUGAUUUAUGUGGCGAGGGCGGACCAUGAACAUGUAGUGGUCAUUCUUUUUCCUUACAAACCAAGGAAAGUCAUGCAAGCCUCCAUUUAUAGUGAAUAAAAUAGCACAUUAGGGUACCUUCUUACUUUGACUCAUGAGUUAAGGACACCUUUGAAUUGAUGUAAGGGGAAUUUUAGGGUUUUUAUUUAUUUUUUAAUUUUUUCAGCUAACUGUGCUAUAGUCAAGGGGGUUUGUGUUUACUGGAAAAAUAGAGGGAUAAAUAAGGGUUACAUUUCAAUAGAACUUAAGGGAGUUAAAUGCAACUUUCCCUCGAGGUAAAGUUAGGGUAUAUAACAUUUGUCCUUAAGCCUGUAUGUUGGAUUCUAUAGUAUUCAUUUUAAUUUACUCA